AUGGAUUACGUUUACGCCAUUAUGAACGACUUAGAACGCAAGCUGGAAAGACCUAUUCGGGACUUAGACGAUGUCAGAACGGUAAUGGAGACUUUGAAAAAGAUAAGGGAACAAGAGGUCGACAUGGAACUGAAGAUCGAUCCGGUUGAGGAGGCCUUCAACGUUAUCACACGUUACGAGCUACCAGUGAGCAAGGAGGAUAUUGAGCAAGUGGACAACCUUCGCUAUACGUGGCAGCAGCUGCAGGCUACGGCGCUCGCCUCGCACGUGCACCUGCUAAAGAUGCAGCCGCAGUUCGAAGAGGAUUUGAAGAACAAUCUUGACAGAUUCCGUGAGGACAACGCCGAAUACUGUCAUGAGUACCGGCACGCGGGCCCCAUGCAACCGGGCCUAAGCCCUCGCGAGGCAUCCGACCGCCUCAUAUUGUUCCAGGUGAAA